AUGCGACAGCCCUCGCCUCCGGGCUUAGUCAGCCUACCUGCCGCCGGAAAGUUCGUCCGUGGUGCUAAACUCAUGCACGGACUCCAAGAUUUCCAAAAAGUUUCGGAGCAUCAUCAUCGUUUACAACUCUGCGUUAAUGAUACGAAGAAUGACCACAUCAUGAAAAUAAAAGCACUGUCAAGAGCGACCAGCUCUUACCAAACACCUGGUAGCGAUGUUGCGCGCCAACCACGGAAUCUGGACCCUGCACUGCAUCCUUUCGAACGAGCCCGAGAAUACACUCGAGCACUCAAUGCGACAAAAUUGGAGCGCAUGUUCGCGGCGCCCUUUGUCGCACAGCUAGGAAGAGGACAUGUCGAUGGUGUUUACAUAUUGGCAAAGGAUCCCUCCUCGCUCGAUCGGUUCGCAAGUGGCAGUGGCGAUGGAGUCCUGAAAGUAUGGGAUCUACCAAGUCGGGAGGAAGUCUGGCAGACACAAGCGCAUGACAAUCUGGUCAAGGGUAUGAGUUGGACGAGGGAUCGCAAAUUGCUGAGCUGUGGGACAGAUCGUACGGUCAAGUUGUACGACCCUUACAACUCGCCCGGAAAAAGCGCUCCUGCAGCGACAUGGCUAGGAUCAAAUGCGUUCACUGGACUCACCAUUCACCGGGACGGAAUGGUCUUCGCGACAGCAUCUUCGUCAAGCGUUCAUCUCUACGACAUGACUCGUCCCUCGACUACACCCACACAAACACUAGCCUGGCCUACGGGUGUUGACACUAUUACGUCGGUGGCCUUCAAUCAGUCCGAAACGUCACUACUCGCCAGUUGUGCAAAUGACCGUUCAGUGGUUCUUUACGAUCUACGAACUUCUUCACCGCUUCAUCGAAGCAUUUUGACUAUGUCAAGUAACAGCAUCGCUUGGAAUCCCAUUGAGCCCUUCAAUUUCGCAGUCGCCAAUGAAGACCACAAUAUUUAUCUUUUUGACGCGAGAAACCUCAGCAGAGCCCUCAAUGUCCUCAAGGAUCACGUUUCAGCAGUGAUGGAUGUAGACUUUAGCCCAACAGGUCAAGAACUCGUAUCCGCCUCAUACGAUCGCACAAUCCGUCUCUGGACACCACAAACGAGCGGCCACAGUCGCGAUGUCUAUCACACGAAACGCAUGCAGCGCGUUUUCUCCAGCACCUUUACUCCCGACUCCGCCUACGUCUUAUCCGGAUCCGACGAUGGUAAUAUUCGACUAUGGCGAGCGCAUGCGUCAGAGCGCACAGGAAUCAAAUCUGCGCGCGAGCGACAGAAAUUGGAGUACGAUGAAGCGCUGAAAGAGAGAUGGAAGCAUAUGCCCGAGAUUCGUCGCAUCGGUCGGCAUCGGCAUGUGCCUAAGGUUGUGAAGAAGGCGGGUGAGAUUAAGCAAGUCGAAUUGAAGAGCAUCAAGCGAAGGGAGGAGAAUGAGCGUAAGCAUAGUCGUCGGAAGGAGACGAGGAGAAGGAGUGAACGUGAGAAGAUGAUACUUGCCACUGAAGAAUAGGUCUGCUUUCCUGGUGGCUUUCGCGUGUCGGCGGCGGGUCUUUCCAAUUUUCUCAUGGCGAUGGCGUUUUAUUGGCAUGAGGUUGAGCACUGGGUGUACGGCGUAUAGGGCGUAGCUACACAGAACACGAUCAAUGAUCUUUGGCUGUAUUCCAUCAAACACGAUUCAGGUGCACUCGAGAAACCUCUCAUCGAGGUGUCGAAAUUCAUCCGCGUCAAGAAAAUCUUAUACUGUAAAUGCUCUUAACCAAUAACAAGUGAGCAAACUG